UUCAACAUAUCCCCCAUUUCACCUACAUUCGCAAACGCAGAACUACACGAAUUCUGUGGAACAAUUCAAAGCCAGAGCAAACGAAACCUUUCACAGAUCUAAGCAGCCGACUGAGCGAAGAUGGAAGACAGCAGAGGGGGAUGGCGGCCUGCAGCCGUCGAUUCGCACUAGUAGAAAAAGAAGUGAUGGAUUCGAUUCACGCCAUGAGAAGAAGAAGCGAUGGAGAUGGCGGCCUGGAGCAGUCGAUUCACGCCGAGAGAAGAAAAAGCGCUGGAGAACUGCCACUUGGAGCCGUCAAUUCGCGCCCGCCGGCCGGCCUGGAGAAGCCUUCGAUGUGGAGUCGUCGAAGGCUGAAGACGCUUUGAUCUAGAGAAGAUGAUUCACGACGCGGGGAGAAGAACUCGAUCCGCCUGCUGAAGAUGCCGUGGCAGAGAGGAAAAGACGCGUUGUCCGCUGACUAAGGGAGUCUGGAGGGAAGAGCGGUGCCACUGCUGCUAGCUUUGUUGGUGAGGCGAAACUAGGGUUACGAAUGGAUGAGAAGAGUCGGAAGGGUUUUGUUUAGAUCACCCUUAAAAACAAAAACAAAAAAAAAAUACACAAAAUUUAUCCUAAACUUGCAUUCUACGUGUCGGAAAUUUUGGUGGUGAAUUUUUUUUUUUUUUGGAUGUUGAACAACUGCUGAAUUUGGAGAGACAAGUAAGGAGGAUAAUGUUUUAAUUUCUUUUUUUUUUUCAAGGGAAACAAAGUUACAGUCUCACACAAGCAAAUCUAACGAAAACACAUUUUGUCAAAAACGAAACCAAUAUAAUGACGAACACGUCUUUUGUCAACGUCGAAAUUCGAAACUACUAUAAUAUGACGAACAUGCCCUUUUGUCAACUCGUCGAGGGAUCAUUGCUAUCUUUUGUGACAAAAUACUUUGUCAUUUAAACAAUUCAGGAAGGUAUAAUAUGACAAAAACUACUCUAACAAUAUAAUUUGUCACUUUUGUAUCUCUUACAUCCCGAUAUGAGAUGCCUAUUUUGACAACCUUAAUUGUGACACGAAAUAUUUGUCGCAUUCCUCACUUUAAAUGACGAACUGUUCUAACAAAAAGAAGUUUGUCACAGUUGAGUCUCUUGCAUCCCUAUAUGGGAUGCCCAUUUUGACAAAAUUAAUUGUGACAUGAAAUAUUUGUCACUUUUGUGUCUCUUACAUCCCGAUGUGCAACAGUAGGAUUCCUGUUCAACUCAUGGGAGGUCUAGAGCACAGCUUCAGCCCAAAAACCAGUUGGUGCUUUGGUGUCAGCUAACAUGCACCUCACCAUGUUCAUAAUUAAACUGAUCUUUCUUUCUGCCACACCAUUUUGCUGUGGAUUUAAAGCAGUAGUGAGUAGUCUUCUAAUACCAGCUUCCUCACAAACUUCCUUGAAUUCAUUCAACAUGAACUCACCCCUCUAUAUGUUCUCAGACAACAUAUACCAGUUCUAACUUCCUUCUCAAUGUGAAUCUUAAACUUCUUGAACACACUCAAAGCCUCAGACUUAGGAGCUAGAAAGAAAACCCACAGCUUCCUACUGAAGUCAUCAAUCAGUGUAAAUACAUACCUCUUCCCACCAUUCGAGACAGGUGUGAUUGGACCACACAAAUCAACAUGAAGAAGCUGUAACUUGUGAGAGGCCCUCUAUUGACUCUUCUUUGGGAAAGACUUUUUAUGUUGCUUUCCAACUAGGCAGGUGGUGCAGACUCCAGCUGAGCCUUUGAGAGUAGGAAGACCUGUUACCAUUUCUCUUCUCUUCAGUCCAAUCAAGCCCUGGUAAUUGAGAUGUCCAAAUCUUCUAUGUCACAAUUUCAACUUGGCUAUAUAAGUUUCAGUAACCUGCAAGCAUUGAACCUCCAAGCAUGGCAACUCGCAGUGUAAGACAAACAUUUUGUUGCUCUUCAUAGGAACUUUUAUUAGCAGACCCUUGGUCUCAUGAAAGACCCUACAUGUAUAUCCUUUGAGUAGAAACUCCAAACCUUUCUCCUGCAGUUGUCCCAUGCUCAGCAAGUUUGUCUUCAGUCCCGGCACAUAGAAAACAUCCUGAAUAAUCAAGCUCUGCAAGUCAGUCUUAACUUUGAUGGCUCCUUUUCCCUUGACUUCUAACUUAGUUCCAUCUCCAAGUUUCACCACACCAGUUUUCUCAACUUCCAUGGCUAUGAACCAAUCUUUGUUUCCUUUCAUGUGAUUGCUACAUCCAGAGUCAAGAAACCACCAACCCUCAUGAUUAGCUUCUUGUUGUGGCUCUAGUAAAGCCAUCAUGUUACA